UCCGCAGCACUCGUUGCUGUGCGGGACGCCAUCGCCCUGAGGAAGUUCCCUCCUGAAUUGCAGCUUCCCGAGAAGAAAAAGGACUUCCUUUUCUCCUCAUGGCACGGCCACCCUACGCUCGCCUGGGCCCCGGAGUGCCUUCGCACUAGCCGCGUUCCAAAAUGCGUUGUUGAGGGGUGUCUGUGUGAGCCAAAAGUGAAGGAGUAUUUGCAGCGGUACACACACGACGUCGAUCACAAGACUGUUUUGUAUUAUGCAAGGUAUUGCUGUACAGGGCCUCAUGCAACACGCACAUUUUCAACUAUCGACGAUGAGUAUCUAGCAUCAUCACCAGAACUCUUGCUACCAUUCCCUUACCUUCUAACCUAUCAAACGGGUGUAUCACGCGAGCUGUCUAACCUUGUUUAUGAUAGCAUGCUAACGACAAGAGGCAUAUCUGGGGCAAGCAGCAGCGUCACCCGUUGUCGUCAGAGACGCUAUUAUGCUCUCUUAUCUGUUGCAGGUGUCGAGGCGGAGAAGCGAAGGCAAAAAGAAGCAAACUAUUCGCCUCCUAUGCUAGUGUCAUUGGAGCAAUACAUGGAAGCGAACGCAUGUCUUGAUGAUGAGGCUCUUCAAAAGAUAUGGCUGACCCAGACUGAAAUAUGCUCUCGUUUGCUUGAAGCCCACAUGACACAGUGCAAAAUCAAGCGAGUGAUUCGUCUAGAUAAUUCGCAAAAGUUUUGCAGCAAACUCAAAGUAUUUGGUGCUCAAGGUAAGAAAGAUCAAUCACGCGAGGUACGUAUGCUACUACUUGCCCAAAAUGAAAUCGGUCAAAUUGUUGCUCGUGGCCUGACGCACUCAGAAAAUCACGCUGAAACUGCGGCAAUUCUAAACCUCCUCAUUGACAAGGUCUUCAACGGUGCAUUGGUAGUCAAACAAGACCCUUUCCACGUCAUCCAAAGGUUCACAGAGAAGGUAAAGGAUCACGUCAUGCGGGGAUGGCUAGCGACUGAGCUGUCCUCUGCUAUUUACACGGCCGACCACAAAAUACGAGAGCCCGAAGAAAUGGCUACACUGUUUUCAACCGCUCUGGGCAAGAUUCCAGCUUCAAGC